AUGGCCGACAAGAAAAUCGGCGGUGUCGAUCCCGGCGGCUCGUCGGUACGGUUCCUAGAUCUUGGCACCCUUCAUAAUCUCGAUUCCAGUCCGCCGUACUCCGCCAUGGUCGCAUCGGACUGUGAGGGGCACCCCCCGGCAAGCGGUUCACACAUUUCCCACGUUGCGAAUAUGCCUCCUGAAAUGCUGUAUUCUUAUGGAAGUGGCGAGCGGGAGCGGGAGGAUGCGCUGGCCGACACCGAUUCCGCCUAUGGGGAGGAUUCCUUGCUGGGCGACGACACAAAAUCGCUAUCAACCUACAUCACGGACUACCGAUACGAGUUUGGCCGUCGGUAUCACUCCUACCGUGACGGUGCAUAUUGGGGCCCAAAUGACGAGGUCGCGAAUGCUCUUGUAGACCUAGCCCACCACAUGUACUUUCUCACACUCGAUGGCAAACUGCACCUUGCCCCUAUUGAAAACCCACAGGAAAUCCUUGAUGUCGGAACUGGAACUGGCAUCUGGGCCAUAGACAUGGCCGAUGAGUAUCCGAGCGCGCGAGUAACCGGUGUGGACCUCUCACCCAUCCAGCCCUCGUUUGUACCUCCAAAUUGCAUCUUUGAAAUCGACGAUGUAACGCUUCCCUGGACCUACGCUUCCGACUCGUUCGAUUUCAUUCAUAUCCGUGAAAUGUUUGGCUGUGUCCCAGAUUGGGACGAGUUCUUCAGGCAGUGCUGGCGCUGCCUCAAACCCGGUGGUUAUAUCGAAGUGGUGGAACAUUCAGUCCAACCAAUUGCGGAUGACAAUACCAUGGGCCCCGACCAUUUCUAUCAUCUCUGGGGGCAAACGGUGGUAGAAUCGGGGCAGAGGUUCGGCAAGAGCUUCACGAUCUGGGAGGAAUCUGCGACGCGCCUGAAAGCAGUGGGGUUCGUUGAUGUGGUUGAGAAGCACUAUCACUGGCCUGUAAAUGGGUGGAGCUCUGACCCAAAAAUGCAUGAACUCGGUCGCUGGAACCAAUUCCGACUCAACGGGGGUGUAGAAGGGUUCAUGCUCCGGCUUCUGACUUCGACCCUGCAAUGGUCCUACGAGCGCUCACAACUGUUCCUCGCACAGAUGCGCUCCUCUCUCCGGGACUACAAGACCCACGCCUAUCUCCCGGGAACGGUAGUUUAUGCCCGGAAACCAGAGAGCGCGGGCUCAUGGCGAGAUCAGUAACUAGAACAUGUAGCAUAGCCUUCCCAUUCGUUUUUCUUCGCUCCUUCUUUGCGGGCUGGGUCCAUUUUGAUCGUGCAUUAUAUAUAUAAUACCCUUGUUAGUCACUGUACGUUAUGACGGUUAUGAUAGUUGAAUGCGGGACAUUAUCAAUGCAACCACAAGAAACCCUCAAUGGAAAUGACAUUGAGUUGUCGGAUCCGGAUCUCAAGCAUAGGAUGGAUGGCCUGCUUCUUAAGUAAAAGAGGGAUUUCUGAUGGGUCCAAAAUCGACUGCUCCGACCUACUGGUGGUAAUCUUCUGCCGCAGUAGUGUGGGGGUUCAUACAUAAAUGGAUAGAUGCCAUGGAGAUUGGAAGGAAAUGUUGCCUAUCCCCAUAUUUAGAAUUUUGAUCUGCUUAAUGAAAUCCUAUUUGAAUGAG